AUGGGGUCUUGUAUGAGCUUGAUAUGCCAGUGUCACUUGUGUCGCUGCUGUGAAUGUGGCCCAGGCUGUUAUUGUUGUCGCUGUUGUAAGCGGUGGUUUGGCGACUGGUGGAUGUGCAGCGACUGCUGCGAUGAAUUUGAGGAUGAAGAAUAUUCUCCUGUAAAUCCGAAGACGGCUGACAGAGGACCGCCUGAAGAUGGGGAAGGCAUGUAUAAAUACCCAAAUGGAGACGUUUAUGUGGGCGAAUGGCGGCGAGGAAAAAGACACGGAUAUGGUGAACUCGUCAAAAAAGAUGGCACACAGUAAGUUAAGCUUUUAUCCGGCCCUUAUCCAGCCUUUUAAUUUAAGCUCGUUUACUGUUAUCAAGAGAGGAUAUAUCAUCGAUUUCCAUAUCUUGACAGAUGCCGCAAAAUUUUCAUGUUUCAAAUCAAAGUAUCUGAAGAACCUAUCAGAAUUCCCAUCACAUAUGUCCUGCUCAGCCAAGAUAUAAUAAUUAAUAUUUAAAAAAACAACAACUUAAAAAUUUAAAAAAUCGUUGCUCUGCCAGGUUCUGGCGACUUAACGUCAUUGUUAACCAAAAUUUCUAUUAACCCACUACUUACAGCUUAUCAAGUCUUACAAUCGAAAAACUGAUGGAAUUGCGUCCGAAAGUUUGAAUCUAAAAACCUGUCAACCCUAGCUAAAAAGAUGAAGUAAAUACUUAAAUCGAAAACUUGUACCUAAUAUUCUCUUCAGCGAAAAGUAGUGUGAAAAUUGAAAUAAGUGCUGUAUAAAGAAAAACUGAUCAGUAGAAUUUUGAAAUAUUGGGCUCUAGCUGCUUAAUACAAAUUUAUUCAGUCGGCAGUUUUAAACAACUAUUUAUAUUGAAUGCAUUGGUGGACUUGUUGAGAUAGAGAGGCAACGGUAUUCUAUAUUUCGCCCAUCCUUAUGUUUCUAAAAAGUGUUCAAGCAGUAAACUUGCCGUUGUUCAAGAUGUUUCAGACACAAAUUUAAAUCGGGUAAUUAACUGCAUUCGCCCAUCAAAUUCAACGUAUUUCGAAUCAAGUUGUUUUUUCUUUUAUUCGUUGUUUAUGUGUGAAGCAAGCUUUAAUCACCACGGGGUUACUAAAUGAACUUUCUAUAAAUAAAUGUCUCCAAAACUGCAUUUGAUUUAAAACAUUUAAACGAUGUGCGGACAUUUUGCUUUGUUCUUUAACUCGAAGAUCGCUUCACUUUACUGGAAUAGUGAAGCCAUAAAGAAGAAAUAGAAAAAAAAGAAACUUACUGGAAGAUAUUAGCGGAUUUUUUCAUAGUUGUUCGGGUGACUGUCUGGCCCUAAAUUUAUUGGGAGCAUGCCCAAAACAUCGGUUGUUUUUAAGACGGUUUUUAAAACAGAUUUACUCCUUUUCAAAAGGAGGAUUUAAAUUAUUUCUUGAUAAGAAAGAAAACACUAAAUUGAAUGAAGCUCACAGAAAAAUGUUUUUGUUGGAGGAACAAGACUUUAUCUAAUGUCGACGGAAAUAGUCGAUUAUUAAUCGACCAAUAUUUAUGUAUUCCCUGGAUAUUCAGAUCACAACGAGAAUUUGCAAUUCAAGCCGUUCAUAUGUAGGUCUCGCUUUACGUAAGCUCAGAACGGUUUUAUAUCUCAUUAAAGCCCAUGAAGAACGCAGAAACUUUUUAAAACUAUUUGUUCCUUCUAAAAGCCACCGUCAUAUAAACAUGAAGUGAAUAACUGAGAAAUUGAUCAACUUCUAGAGCGUUCUAACCAUACGCAAUUGAAAAGUCCAAGCCCGAGCCUUAGUCAUGUUACAGUAUUAUAAAAAUCGAGAAUUAUCUGAUGGUUUAUUUUAGUUCCUUGAAAGUAACCGUCUCAUAUUUCAGUGGAUAUUAUUUGGCCCAAGAUCAAGAGGGAAUGAAAACGUCAACAGAAAGCUUUGGAAAAUAAUGUUGAGUAAUCUAUACGGCAUUGCACCACAGUCUUUCAGCAACUGAGGGUGCCUAAAAUGUAAAAGAACUAAAAACACAAAUUCUAUUUUGUAAGAUAAUUGAAGAACUGAAUCUUCGUGGAAAAGCAUUUUCUGCUCCCGCAGCCCCAGCCACCACUUUGUGUUGCCAUAACCAUGGCAACACAGAAUCUUCAUUUAUAUUUUUUAAUUAUUGAGUUGAUUUUUUCUACGGUGACCACUCUUUGGCUUUUCGCUUUUUCAGGUUUGUAUAUUUGUCAUGAGGUUGACUCGAUAUUUACAAAACUAAAUAAACAAAGCAUGUGUAAUCGCUAAAAGCAUAAGUGGAAUAAAAAAGAAAAGGAUCAUAUUACAAGAGGAACGUCAGUUCUUAGUUUUACGGACGUUUUAUGUUCAACAUCAGUUUUACCAACUGUGACAAGCUUUUAUCGUUUUCAUUUCGGUGUCAUGAAAAUCUGUUAGACUCUAUGUAAAUCAUGCUGUUGUUCAUCUUCUUAAAGUGAUUAAACAGCUUUGUAGUAAGGAAAAAUUAUAAUAUUCUAGAUUUGUUUAGGCCUACCGCUGUGACUACUCCAAUGGUCCUCUAAUUCGUGUAUCUAAAAAAUCACAGAUCAAUACAUAUUUUUUUGAAAUUUGUCUGGAGGAUUCUAAAGUUCAAAAUGUUGAUAUUGACGGAUAUUGAUAAUUCUUGUAUGGUCUUCUGAAAUGAAUUCGAUCAAUUUAAGUUUCCGACGAGCAGUACGUGUACGUCAACCACGCCUUCAUUGAAGACUAUCUUAGUAUUGCAAUUGCCGUCAAGUGAAAACGAAUCACCUCAAUGGCAUGGUGUCGUUUAGGACAAAGGGAGAGAUUAUAUUCAUUCAGAGUAAUUUAUUUCGCAACCUUCCCAGACGGACACCUCGCUAAGAUGGUGGACACCUAGAGUUGGUCCCUACCUUUCUUUACUGGCUUUGUUCUCUAUAAGACGGACAUCUCUCUAAGAACGACACAUAGUGCUGUCCCAAAGGUGCACGUUUUAGAGGGAGUUGACUUUACUGCAAUUAAUUGAUUCAGAAGUAGUAUGCCUCUCGCUAUCCACAGAUGCGUGUAGUGCUAUCGCGAUAAGUUAUUUUCCUCGGUCUUAGAAAUUGCCUCGACGGUAACGAAAAGAAUAUUAUCUUAAGUUGAAAGACCAGUUUAAUUAGAGAGGGAUUGCGUAGAAGGACCGAAAUAACUGUGUUUAAUGUAUUUAAACAUUACAGUUACAUGAGUAGUGUUACUGCAUGGCUGGCCUCGGGCGCUUACAGCUUGCUUUUGAACUCCAUGUUAGCAAGAGAGUGCCCUUCUUUGUCCGCUCCCCACUCUCCCCUCCCUAAGCACAAUUUUCCUGCGCCUGCACCUUUGUGUACCUUGCAGUUGGAGCGAUAGGGCACCUAUGUCUCCCAAGAAGAUUCUGAAUGUUGACUUGUCUGAUUUGCUCAAGUGUACAGAAUUUUUUCAUAGAUUUUUAAAAUAAGAACCUGUUUCAAAUUUUAGGCCAAACAGGUUCUUUUAUAGAGGGGGCUUAAAUGGCAAAUUUCAGCCCAACAGGUUCUUAAAAUUCAGGUUCUUAUUUACGGGGUUUUACUGUACGGUUUUCUUUCUACCGCAUCCUGUGCCAAGAUUCAGUUAUCGAACACGCGUCCCAACUAGCGGUCAAAUCCCGUAUCCCGUAUCCCGUGAAGAAAAAAGCCCUUCCCGACCCUGAAAGUUCAUUUUAAUACUUUUUAUUCCCUAGGACAGUUGGAUUCUUCUACGAUGACGAAUAUGUUGGUGAAAAACCAGACGAAAGACUCAAGAGAAGCCCCGUGACGUCGCGGCCAUUUAGCAAGAGUCAAUCUAGUUACACUAACGAUACAGAGUAUGUAGCAUCAGUUUUGUUUGGUCACGUUUAGGCAUUUUUGUCAAGUGACAAACUAAACUCAUCAAUCAAUUUUAAUGGGCGAUUAUGGUACCCCGGGGAUGAAUUUAGUUAUGAUUAUUCGAUAUACAAGAUACUCGUGGACGCCCUGCGCUAGCAGAAGCUUCCUUUUACUUGCUUGAUUGUAGCGCACUCGAGAAAGACUCUGCAUGAGUCUUUGUUGAGCAUGUGCGCUUGUUGCUGGGAUACAGUCUCGAACCCAGGCCGUAAUAGCCGUGCGCUUGGUACAGCGGGCCCAUGUGACUAUCGCUUAAUCAAUAAACGGAUACUUGCGCUCAGAAAACCGUGGCCAGCUUGACGACAGAGAACAAGAUUGAAUAGUCCAGAAGUUCGGACUUCGGUGACGUCAAAAGACUUGACGCCAUUCAGGUAGAGCAUCGUUUUCACCUCCUCACUCAAGAAGACAGAUUCAGAGUAGCGGGUGUUCCAGGUUCCGAGAUAGUCGAGACCGCGAAAUUGAGAGAGCGCAAAGGCCCCCACCCCUCUUUCCCAUAUCGCGGGCUCGUAUUUUUGCGCGACUUUCACUUACGCGUUAUCCCUACUGUCUAAGAGCCUGGAAAAGGCUAGAUUCAGAGCUGAUAGGGGUCUCCUUUACCCCUGCCUGCGAGGAAGUUGGUUCGGAGGGUUGAGGGCGGAGGGGGGUCAUGCUUGCAGUUAUCCCAGAGGCUCUCCAAGGUAGGCGGUCAGCGCAAAAACUGAUUGGGCUCGAUAAUUUAAUUUCACAUCUAGGGUGGGAGUGGUAUCAUUUUAGUGCAACCUUGAUCGUGCAAAACGCGUCAUGCUUGAUCGCUGCAGUGAAGGUUCUGACAACGCCAAGCAUUGCAUUUACAAUUGCCUGUUUAUUUUGCUAGGGGUACAAGAAAAGAGGACCAAGCAGCUAUUGAGCUAGCGUGGAAAGAGGAAAAGCAACGCAUCAAGUCAGAAGGAAGCGGAGGACAAUCUUACUCCACCAUUGACAAUGGUCACGAUUGACCGGUUCUUAGCUUCUACGCAUGAUAUAAUCCAUAAUACCCCUGAACGAAACAUUUUUACUAAAUCUCCGGGAGAAUACUCAAUUUACUUUCAUUUGUUAAUGAGUAAGAAUGACCAUUUUACAUUAGUCGGCUUUGUUCGUCUGGUUAGCAAUCUACUGAAGUUUACUUACAGCUGUUCAUAGGCUGUUAAAAGUGGGAGAAUAACGACUGUAAAGGAGGUUUAACAACGUGCUGUAUUGUUUAUAAAUUAACUUAAGAUAUUUUACGCUGAAACUUUAGGGCCAAAGUGCCAGGAUAGCGUCUCUUCUAAGUAUCGGUAUUCUGGCUUUCGCCGUAAUUGUUAUAUCAACGAGCUGGUUUUUCUAGUCGUAGAAACUGUAUUAAGAAAGGAAAGCUGUUUUAUUCCAUUGGAUUAUGUUCUCGCGCCAGUACAAAAUAUUUUUCUUAGGCGUGAG